GAACCUCACAUCUUGGCCUGGAAUCCUGAGUGCUCAUCCUACAACUUCAAACCAGGGGAAAUCAGCCACACUGGAAAUACUGUGCCAAGUCUGACAGGGAUCUGAGAUAGAAACUCCACUUUCCUGUUGGACACGGACAAUGUCUGAGGAAAAGAGUGAUUUCCUAAAGGGAAGAAGGAAUCCUGGUGAGCACUCAUCCAGUGUUAUUUUCCCACCUGGCAUUAAGAGAGGCCGUGUACAUAAUUAAGCUCCACAGACCAGCUAGGCCCUGAGGGAGAGUGGUUACAUCAGCAUAGUUCUUGAGCUGUACUGAGGAAAGCUUCAUCGUCCAAAACUGAGGAAAUGUCCAGAUUAACACAGGUAAAAAGUCAAGCUGCUUCUUACCCUCUUAUGCAAAUGAACACCGAGGAGACAAAGUAAACAAAGCAAAAUGCUCCUGCCUUAGCUUUCCUGCUGGAUGCCACUCUUUAUCGUGGACCCAGAGCAGAACCCAGCACAAGUUCUAAAUAAUCCUCCACCAGCACCAAAUUUGAUAGCUCUGCCCCAAGCAAGAGAGAAGCUGCCAAGAACUACUCCCACAUUUGGGGACAGAUGCCAAUAGUAAGGUUUACCGUGGCCACUUCUGCAACAGGCACAGCCACUGAGGCAGGUUCAUCACAGCAGGUUCAUCUCUCCUCCAUGAACUGGCAGAAGGCUGUUGUGUCUCCGGAGCACCUUCCCCUCUGCCAUGGUGGAUGUGACAAGAUCAGCUGGCUUCCAGAUGGCAAGGUGUUCAGCAACGUUCAAAGGGAGAAGAUCAUCUCCAAGUUUCUUAAAGAGAGCGUUCUAAAGAGAGUGUUCCGUGCCAAGCAGGCGCCCAGCUACCAGAAAGAGGAGUCCAGCCACAGCUUUCCUGGCACCAGAAAGAAGGCCGAGCCGGACGCGGCGCCCGCCAAGCCGCACGCGGAGGCGCCGGGGCCUCGGGGCGCCCUCGGGGACGACGCCGGGGACGACACGUGGGCCACGGGGAUUUUAAGGGAACACAGGACCAGCUACAGCAAAAUGGGGAGAAGAAACGGGGAGACCGGUGGCACCAACCUGCGGGCCUCAGACAUCUCUCAUGAGAACUUACCUCACUGGAGCGUGGAUUCAGAAGGACCUGUGUCUGAAAAUAAAAACCACCUCCCUGGAAGGGAGAGUGCAGCAGGUGGCAAAAUUAACAAGAACCAUCUGGAAAUUCCAAUAGAGCAAAUGAUGCUAGACCUUAAUUUGUCAGAGCCUGCUCACAAAAUAACACAGAAUAGUAAACAAGGGUCAUUUCAGUUAUGGGGUUAUCCUCUUAACGAAGGAAGUGCCACAGAGAACAGGGAUUUCAAGAAAUCUUCAAUGGAGACUGGCUUUAAUGUAACCAAUAAUUCCAGAAGGCUGUUUACGAUGAACGACCCUCUUAGUGCCUCAGUUGAUAAGCAAAUUGGUUCCUACCCUAGUCUGCAGAUGCCUUUAGGUCUCUGCUGGCCCUACGCUGACGGAGACUUUUUUAAGGACAGAAUGGAACCUCGCCUUACUUUGUAUUCAACUGAAGACAUCAACAGUGACAUUUUCUCUCCGCUGAACUGGAAUUUGAAAUAUGGAAACAGCAGCGUGGAAGAAAAUUUAACAGAUGAAAGCGAUUUAUCAGAAAAUGAAAAAGCAAAUGACACUUUACUGAGCUAUUUUAAAAAGAUGGACCUGAACUUAAAACCAGAGACAAUAGACACCGUUGAAGAGCCUUUCACAGAGGAAUCGAGUGAGGUAUUCCCGUAUCCUGAUUUUCUCCCUCCUCCUUUCAACACCCUGGACUUGCACAAAUUGGCCCUUUCAAAAUCUGAGAGUUGGAAAGGGACCAUGGAACCUGCAGAAAGCUCUGUUGAUCGCUUGAUAACCCGUUUACUGGAAAUGGAAAGAGUACAACACUUGACUGUACAAAAAGAGCGGCCAAGGCUGCCCUCCACCUUCUGCACCCUGGCAGUUAAUGAACGACCGUCUUCCUCCAAAGCUCUAUCCAAAGGGAGACAGCCAAAGCUUUCUGACUCUUUAAGUCUUCAGACAAUGGGUAUAGAUAAAAAUCGAGAAAAAAGGAAAAGCAGUUCUGGUCCUUUCAGCCUGGAACAAAAUGCUGCAAAAUGGAACUGGAGCAAUGCUGGGAAAUACAAGUGGAGUUCUAGGCCAUCUCUAAAAAGCUCCACCUCUGCGAAACAAUUGAUUGCAACUUACAAAGACUUCAAGAGUCCCAAAAGUUCCAUUUUAAUUCCAUGCCAAGAACUCUCUGCUAAGCAAGUGACUGCCCAGACAACUCCAUCACUGGUUAAAAUGGUCUCGGCUAGAUGUCUGCCACCGAGGUCUCCGGUCCAUGUUUCACCCCUCCCUCUGUCUUUUCCCGAAAACCAGAGGGAAGAAAUUAAGGCAUCAAGGACCAAAAAGAAACUUUACCGAAAAAAUAUAGCAUUGGACAGACCGUUCUAUAUUCAGAAGCUAAACUGUCUGUCACCAUCAUUUAUAGUGAAGGAUAAGUGCUCACCCAUUAACCAAAAGUAACACUGUUCUUCCAUGUGAGCACAUCUGUUCCAAGAAGUCCGGCUAAAAUAUGGUUCAUCAUGCAGAAGAUACAGGUAAUAAAAUCACACACAAAACAAUUGCUCCAUAUGAUACAGAGUGGGGCUUGUGAGAAUCUCUGCUGAGAUGUCUGUGUAGACCCUGGCGCUCCUAGACGGGGAGAGGGGACAUCUUUUGCACGUUAUGUUGCAGAGAAGUGUUCACUUAAUAAACUAAGGCAUUUGAGUCAAAAGAUUAUUUGUUUCCAGUUGUAACUCUGUCAUCAAUAAAUGGUAUAAAUAAAGUAUUCCCACUGUC